AUGAGCUUCAUUGGUCAAAACAUGUUGGAAAACAUAGAUUCUCGACUUCAACAAGCAUACCCACAAAGUGCACACCUAAGUUUUGCAGGUAUAUCUAUGAUUUUAGUAGGAGAUUUGGGUCAAUUGCCUCUAGUUAAUGAUAGACCUGCAUAUGCUAGUAAUAGACGGGCAAAGCUACUAUGGGAGGAAUUCAAAAUUGUGGUUACUUUAGAUAAAAUAUUCAGACAAGAUGGAGAAAAUAUUCAACAACAAAGAUUUCAUCAACUUUUGACAAAUCUAAGAGAUGCAAACCCACAAAUUGAUGAUUGGAAGCUGCUAAUGAUGAGAACCCCUACUAACAUAGAUGUUGCAAGAAGUGUUAAUAUAGCAGAAGAUUUCUCAACUGGUGAACUUGAUCUAGAGUUAUUGAUUGUCUACAAGCCAGGAAGUGCUCCACCUGACCCACCGACAUAUGUGAUGGUUGAAUUUGAUAAUUACUCAGGAUUACCAUUUGAAGAUCAUCAUCCAAAUACAAUUCCAAUAACAACAAAUCAAAAGGGCAGAACACUUCAGCUACCAUUGAGAUUGGCAUGGGCAUUGACUAUACAUAAAUCUCAAGGAUUGACUCUUCCAAAAGUAACUAUCGAUAUAGGACCAAGAGAAAGAACUAGAUUGACAUUUGUUGCAUUAUCUCGUGUAAAAUCUCUAGAGGGUUUGAGAAUAAUGCCACCAUUUACAUAUGAUCGUUAUGAGAAAAUGAAAAAGGGUAAACAACUUGCGAAGCGCAAGGCUGAGGAAAAUAGGCUCAAACUUUUGGAAGAUAAUUGA